CAUCUACGAUAAAUAAAAUACCAUCUUCUUAUCACCACGUGAUCACAAACUCCAGCCUCACGAAACCCCAAGCAAGCCACAAAAUUUUGGAGUUGUUUCCAUCUAGAGCAUGCAAUCAAGCUUCCAAUUUCACGACAUCUUCACGACGAAUAUACCAAAUCUACCGUCAACAUGCCUCAAGCUCAGCCAGAGCUUAAAAAGGUGUGUGGAAUUCCCGAAGACCUGGUGAAAUGAAAGUAGAGAAGAGCGAGAUUGAGGAACGCGACCAGGCGAUGGAUUGAAGCUGUUGCGCGAAAGCUUGUGGAAAGGAGAAUGGUUGGAGAAUUGAUUGCUAACUCUCUUGCCUGUGUAGUACCUCGAUAAGAGACUAUUUGUGCAGUUGAAUGGUAGCAGAAAGGUCAUUGGUGUUUUGAGAGGUUACGAUGUUGGUUCCCUCGCGCGCAUCCAAAUCCAAUGGGGCUGACAAGAUGAAAUAGGUCUUCUUAAACAUUGUGCUAGACGAUGCAGUUGAGGAGAAGGAGGGUGGUGAGAAAGUGAAGAUUGGAAUGGUCGUAUGUAGUCACAUAUCUGCCGCGCACUCAUUCAAAGACUAAUAGCGCAUUAGGUUAUUCGUGGAAACUCAGUCGUUAUGCUUGAGGCAUUGGAGAGAAUAGGUGGCGGAAGGGAAAACAGAGGAGAUUGAGAAGGGAAGGAGGAAUAUUAUGGAUUUAUAUUGAGACUUCAAGGGAUAUGAAGGAAAAGAAAAUCGAAGAUUACAUCUGGACCAGGGCGUUUACAGGCUAUGAAUACAAAUUGCAUAUCGAGGAGCGCGGAAGAAGAAAAGACAAUAUGUUUUGCAAGAUGAACCAUGGUUCCAAUAAAUUAUACCCCUCCCAA